AUGUUGAAUAGCCUUCAAUUUGCGGCCAAGCUUCAUGAACUCUGGAUCGGCUCUUCUGUGGCUUACAUGGUAUCCCAUUUCAUUGUAUUUAUGCUCGCUAAGGCAAAAGGUAUACCCUUUGGACUACUUGGUGCUGGUCUUCAGAUUGGAGACCUUAGAUUCUUCACCCGCACGUCAUUUUGGUCAUCCUUUGAGUGUUCUCACGGACGGAAGUUGAGCAUUUAUCUCUUUGCCCUGUUCGUGGUGUUCUGUUCCAUCCUCACAGCUCUUGCUGGACCAUCCUCUGCUAUUGCCAUGCGACCCAACCUCGAUUGGUGGCAAAUGACCAAUAACACAACCACUGGCUCCACCGCUCUCGAUGGUCAAUUGUCCAAUUACGUAGACGCAUCUGCCAAUUUUGUAUGUCCGGCCAGUGGAGCGCAAGAUAUCAACACUUGGCUGAAUAGUCAAGACUUUAAUGUUCUAAAAGGAAAAGCAGCGAAUAUGACUUUUUAUAACGCAUACACAAAUACGCGCAAUUUUCUUGCCUCGGCUGGAAUGGAUUCAGGUCAUUCAUACACAACCUCAUUGUCAGUUGUCCCUCAGCUCGCUCCCAAGUUCUUGUCUGAUUCCACAACUACCCUAAAACAACCGACUGUUCAGGUCAAAUGCAAUAUCUAUGCUCAGAGUAAUCUUACAAGUGCUGGUAAAUAUACAGCAGAUGCUCCAGUAUUUCCUCUCUUACAUGGAAUCAUGAAGAAUACAUCGACGUUAAAUGAAAAAAUAGGAUAUGCAGUGCCAAAGGACUCUUGGAGUGGCAUCAGGAACCAGCAAGACUUAGAUCUAACCUGGAUUGACCUAUACAAAAACUAUAGCGGAACCGCUUCUAUCGGUGGAAUCUUUAUGCUUCCGAUGUCUACACGUAUGGUUGCAAAUCAAGUGAAAUAUGAGCCGACAACUAGCGAUAUUAUCAACGAUAAUCUCACUGACUCUGUAGCCUUCUCAGAGCUACGAAGCCUUAUAAACAAUGCACAUCAAGGGCGGACAAAGAAAAAGCGCUCAGAAUUUAGCGAUGUCAUUAACAUUACUCCUAGUUGGGCCGCAUAUACGAACAUAGUGGUUCCAGGAGUUCACUUGACGCAGAACUUAACACAAGAUUUGACAGAUUUGACUGCUCCAACCAUCAAUUUUAACGGUGAUAUGCAUGCCAAUCCUACUUUUCCCGCGCCCGCACCCGCGCAGAAUCUACCUAAUGCUACCCUUAUUCAAGGUCUACUGAACAGAUUCAUGAUUCUCGGUGCAAAUGGGACACUUUCAUUUAAUCAAUCUCCAAUUGGGGGACCUAGUCCACCCAGCAGUACUGCUAAUAUCCAAGGCUUCAUCUCACUCUAUGCUGGUGUAUUCAUGACAGAUGCUCUUGCGCGUUAUGGCUCCCAGAGCGUCAUAUCUGAUGAUAAUUUCUCGUUUGGCCAUAAUGAUACUUUGAGGCGACUAGCCUCAUUGAGGAACGAGCCCGAGCUUUCCAAAGGCUGGCUAGAGUGGAAAUUUGAGAUUUGGCGCAGAGGAUAUAGCUAUGGGAUUCGUGGAAUCACGAGGAAAUUGGCAUUAGCACUUCUUUUAACGCAUUAA